AUGGGUGAUCCACUCAUCAACUUGCUUGAUGCUUAUUACAUCGGAGAAGCUCAGGACACAAGAGCGCCGGAUCAAACGAUUGAAGCCAUUUUGGACUUUCGCCAAUGCUACAGGGUUCUCAGAAAUAUCGGAAUUGGAGACAGAAGAAAUUUACGGACUCUUCAAUGCCCGAUAGAGUUCAAGAAUUAUCACCUCGAAGACUUAUUUCAAAAACCAUAUGCAUUUUAUCGAGUUCAUACAAAACAUAAUGUAUCUUAUGUAUCGACAUGUCAUCCACUUCACUUUGAAACUUCUUUUUAUUCCGAAUAUCACAUGUCUUUAUCACAAAUAUAUAUUGAUUCAUGUUCUGAAGAUCUAAAUUCUCCUUGGCCAAAUCAUACCUCAUUUAAUCAACUUCUCAUUGGAGAUAUUGUCGCGAUCUCAAAUAUUUAUUCUUGUCAGGAACAUUGCUAUGCUCGGGAAUAUGUUGUAUUAAAACGCAAAGUAGAAAAUACAGAUGCAUUAGUUUAUUGGUGGAAUUAUGAAUCACACGGAUGUCGAAUGAACAAAUUGGUUGCGUCGAGUGUAACAAUUCCAAUGGAUAGAAAUGCAGCUGAAUUCGUUUCGGGAAUAAGGAAACCCGACUUUGAAAAUGAAGAACAUCGAAUUUGUCGGGUUGAUAUUUUCACGCCAUUUAAAGGAACACAAAGAUUCGCUGCUGAUUUCUCAAAUGAUAUUCUUCAUAGCGUGCGAAAUAUUCGAGAAUGCUGUCGAGAAAUUCACCAACUUUCCUAUAAAUAUCGAUCACGUGCACAAAAUAAUUAUCAUCCUUUGGUUACUCGUUGGACUGCUGGAAAUUCACAUAAUCGAAAUAAUUUUUCAACAAUUGAUGAAGCUUUGAAAAAUGGAAAUCAAAAGAAGGUUUUCCAUAUUUGCAAUAUUGUUGAAAGUGCAACGGCACAUUUCGAAAAUAUGAAAAAUGUACUUGAUAUUCGAAGUCAUCCUUUGGAACUUAUUGAAUGGAAAAUUUUAGAUGACGAAGAACUCAGAAUUGGUUUUGAGUUUGAAGUUCAAGAUGGCGCGUGGAAUUCAUAUUUUCCAAAAAGUAAGUGAAUUUUUAUUGAGGUUCAAAAAAUCAAAAUAAAUCCUUGUUAAUUUUUUCAGAAGCAAUGAUUCGAGUAUACGGUAUAAUUCCUGAACCACUUGAUAUUGCAGUCAUCGAACAUAUUCAAAAUGAAACUGAAUCUGAUGGAGAAAAAAUCAAAAAAGGAAUUCUAAAAGCUUCCUUAAUAAUUUUGGAUAAUAUUGAUGAAUUGGAAAAUGAUGUUGAUAUGGAAUCAAUUGGAAGAAAAUUAUAUUCUGAUGUUAUUGAAAGUUUGGAAAACCGUCCGGAACUUAUUUAUGCACAUUUGAUUCACGGAAAACGAAAUAAAUCUUUGAUUUCGAAACUCGAGAAAUUCCAGCAAAAUAUGGUAAUUUUGAAAAAAAAAACAAUUUAAUUUUUUUUGUAAAAUGCGAUUUUCAGCCUGAUAAUCUUUUUAAUGAAAUGAUGAGAUUUUCGAAGAAUUCUGCUGCUCCACCAAGACAUUUUGAUUAUGAAAAUGACAUUAAUCAGAAGAAAUAUAUAAAGGAAAAACUUCGACUUUUGCUGAAUAACGAACCAACAAAAGAACAAACACAAUCGGUUUAUUUUUCGAUUCAUUCAAGAAAUCCAAUAAUGUCAAUUGAAGCACCAGUUGGAGGUGGAAAAACAACACUUUUAUCAUCAAUUUGUUGUAUUUCAUCAAUAUUUUAUGAUAAAUGUCAAUUAAUUGUUAGUGAAUCAAAUGGAGCAAUUGUAUCAGUUUGUAGAAAAUUGAAACAAUUUGGACAGCGAAAUGUUAUACGAAUUACAAGUUCUUUGGCACAAAAAAGAAAUGGUGAAGAAUUCGUAACUGAGUUUGAUUUGCCAAGUAUUGCGGAAAAGGUUUUUUCGGAUUUAUUGAAGGAGUUUGAUGAUGAUCCUGAUAAAUGGAGAAGGUACAUCUGAAAAACAAAAUUAUUUCUAGUUUCAAAAUUAAUUAUUAUUUUCAGCCGAGAAGAACUUGAUCUAAUUGCGAGAACUUAUAAAAUGCUAAAUUAUAUGCACCAAACAUCGUCACAAACAAAUUACCGCCUCAAUAAUUUUAGAAAACUUCGAAAUAUUAUUGGAGUUUCUUUGUCAUCUGCUCCAAAAGAUCCUUCAAGAGAACAAAUUCGAUUGGUUUUCGAAAUUUUGCAACCGCAAAUUGUUAUUGGAACUGGAAGUCAAAUUGAGCAACUUUUAUCAUAUCAAGAUCUUAUGGUUGAUGUUCAUCAAGUAUUUAUUGAUAAAUGUUCAGUCGAAUCAAUAUUUUCAGUAUUUUCAAUUGUUUCGAUGGUUGGAGCUGGAUGUUCAGAUAAGAAAAUGUUCCCGAAAGUUAUUUUGGUUGGAGAUUCGAAGCAAUUCAAACCAUUUUGUGAUAAUCCAUCAAUUUCAAAAUUUUUCGAAACAUCGUUGAAAACUAUUGGAAAUGGUAUUGCUCAGAUUAAACAUGAUCAAAUGUUUAGAUGCCAACCAGACACUUCAAAUAUUCUGAAUCAAGUUUUCUAUGAAAAUAAAUGUACAGUAGUUAGAAAUAGUGUAAUCGGUGAGAAAUCUUUGUUCUUCAAAUUUGUGAAAGGAUAUGCGAGUAUGCAAAAUAGUGGAACUUUGGAUGAUAAUAGUAUAGAAGAUGCUAGAUUUAUGAAAAAUCGAUUUGAAGCUGAAGAAAUUCGGAAAAAAUGCGAAGAAUUGGAGGAAAAUGGAAUAAGAAAAGAGGAUAUUAUGAUAUUGGCAUUUUAUAAUGGACAAGUUAAUUUAUUGAAGAAAAAAUUACCUGGAUAUACUAUUUUGACUGUUAGAAGUUGUCAAGGAUUGGAGGCUAAAGUUUGUUUUUUUUGUCAACGUUAAAUUUUGGACCGAAAUUUUUUGUAUUCAAAUUUGUAUUUUAUUCAGAAAAGUGAACCUUCACGUGGCUGAAUAGUUUUAAUUACAAAUUCCAAAUUUCAUUUUUUUUUAUUUCCAGAUAGUGCUUGUGUCGGUUGCUCGAACACAUUCUUGGGAGUUGCAAAAUCGACCAAAAGAUGAGGGAAGAGUUCGAAAUACAGAUGCAAAACAUAUUCCAAUAACUGAAAGAAAAGAGCAGAUUUUGGUUGCAUUAUCGAGAGCAAAAGAAGCAUGUAUGGUUUUUAUUGAUCCGGAAUAUUGUGCACAAGUUGAGAUUUGGAGAAAUAUCGAUAAUCUUUGUAAAUAA